AUGGUGCUCAGGAGAGCUGACGAUGCAUUCAUGACUCUACUGAGGUCCUACCACUCCCAGCGCUUCUGCAGCGCGGCCCUCGGCGUCUGCGGCAGAAGCGCCGCCGUCGCCGUCGUGCCGGCGCGACGAUCCUUCUCGACAACCACCGUCGUCGCGAGACAAGAACGGCGACGAGCCCAGAACGAGGCGGAACCAAUCUCUACAAAGAACAUCCAGGUCCCGACUGACAUCGCCGUCGUUGGUGGCGGCAUCGCUGGCCUCACGACCGCGCACUACCUGGCAAAGCUGCUCCCCGAGACGUCCAACAUCACCAUUUACGAGGCAGGGGACCGGGUGGGUGGAUGGAUCGACACGCAGGAGCUCGAGGUCGAGGUCAAUGGCAAGAGGAGUAAUGUGCGCUUCGAGCGCGGGCCGAGGACGCUGCGCGGUAUGGGCAAGGAUACAUGGAAGUUUGACGAUCUCGUGCUCUUCGACAUGAUCAGAGACCUCAAAAUGCAAGGCGAAUACCUAGGCAUCAAGUCACCGCCCCGGUACAUCUACUACCCGGACCACCUCGUCGAGAUGCACCCGCGCAACGUCUUCCGCGAAGCCGCCUUCAAGGGCAUCAUCCCGGGCUUUCUGAACCUCUUGUGGCGCCGCAAAAAGGCCCGCGAGGAGGUCAAGCCGGCCGACAUGUCCGUCGCCGACUUCAUCGCCACUUAUACGGGACGCCCCGAACUGACGGACAACCUGGCGUCGGCCAUGAUCCACGGCAUCUGGGGAGGCAACGCCGACAAGUUGAGCAUGCGCAGCUUCAUGCCCGGGCCUUGGCACCGCUUCUUCGACAAGCCGUACAGUGAGGACGACUGGGUGUCGUAUCCGCGGAGCGAGGUUGGGAUAAUGGCUACGUUGGGCCAAGAUGAGGAGCUUCGGCAGUACUUGAAGUCGGCGCAAAAGGACCAGCUCGUCUUCUUCGAGAAGGGCAUGAGCAGUCUGCCGAAUACCAUUGCGGACCACCUGAGGGGAAGGAAGAACGUCACAUUCAAGAUGGGCGAACCCGUCACUGGUCUGGAGUACGAUAAUAAGGGCAGAAAGGUCAUGCUCUCAUCACCAAACUCGACGUCCCCGACACCAUAUGACAAAGUCAUCUCCACCACCACCAGCAAAGCACUCCACGCCGUGACGGGAGACGCCCUCCCCUCCCUCGCAAACUCCCCCAACGUCUCCAUCAUGGCCGUGAACCUCUGGUACCCGCAGCCGAACCUCAACGCCGCCCACCCCGGCGUUGGCUACCUCGUCCCCCGCGCAACAGACUCCAACCUCGAAGGCCUCCUCGGCGUCUUCUUCGACUCGGACGUCGUGCCCCGCGCCCCCGACGAGCCCGAAGGCACUAAAUUCUUCGUCCUCAUGGGCGGCCACUACUUCGACGGCCUCCCCGACGACGCCCUCCCCACCGAAGCCGAAGGCAUCGAAAUGGCAAAGGCCGUCGUCGAGCGCCACCUCGGCAUCCCCCAGUCCACCCCGGCCUUUGCCAUGGCGAGCCUCGCGAAAGACUGCAUCCCGCAGCACCACGUCGGCCACUACAAGCGCAUGGCGCACGCGAGCUACGAGCUGCGCGACGCCUUCAAGGGCCAGCUCACCGUCGCGGGCGGCUCGUACACGGGCAUCGGCGUCAUGGGCGCCCUGCGCGCGGGUUACGACGUUGCUGUGCACAUUGCCCAGUCUGCGCAGGAGCACGUCGGCGACACGGGCCUCGAGCAGUUUGAUAGCAGCGCUGAAAAGUUUUCGUCGCCUCGGAGCGGCCUACGUGCCCUCGGGCGUGAUAUCGACGAGAAGAUUGGGUGGAGGAAUUAUAUCCGCUAA